CCACUGUCUGACGCUAACGCAGGAAGUACGUCACUACGUCCCCGGUUACGUGGCUCUGCUGUGGAAGCUCUUCCCGGUUGUAGUGCCAGCAAGGCUCCCCGGCUUCGGGCUACUACUCCAUUGACUGGAGAUACCUGAACCCUUCCAAUAAACAUAUAACAGUCUGUCAGAAACCAGCUGUUUGUCAUCUUGUUGUUACUAAAGAGGUUUCCGGUGUAAUCAGCCGUUCACCACUUCCAGUCAUGGACACGUUUAGCAACUCGCACAAGAAACAGAAGCUAAGCAACGCUCCCGAGAGCUGGGGAAUGCAACGUGCCACUAAUGUCACCUAUCAAGCCCAUCAUGUCAGCAGAAACAAGCGAGGGCAGGUUGUGGGCACAAGAGGAGGGUUCAGAGGCUGCACCGUUUGGCUAUCUGGUUUGUCUGGUGCAGGUAAGACCACAGUGAGCAUGGCUCUGGAGGAGUACCUUGUGUGUCACGGUAUCCCUUGCUACACCCUGGAUGGGGACAACAUUCGUCAGGGAUUAAACAAAAACCUGGGCUUCAGCCCAGAGGACAGGGAAGAGAACAUUAGGCGCAUUGCUGAGGUGGCCCGGCUUUUUGCUGAUGCUGGUCUGGUCUGCAUCGCUAGCUUCAUCUCUCCCUACAGCAGGGAUCGCCUUCAUGCCAGAAAGAUCCAUGAGGCCGCUGGGCUGCCCUUCUUUGAGGUGUUCGUGGAUGCUCCACUCGAUGUCUGCGAACAGAGGGAUGUGAAGGGGCUGUACAAGAGAGCCAGAGCAGGGGAGAUACGAGGCUUCACUGGAAUAGACGCAGAGUACGAGAAGCCCGAGGCUCCAGAGCUGGUUCUGAAGACGGACUCCUGCAGUGUGAAUGAGUGCAUUCAACAGCUCAUAGAUCUGCUUCAGGAGAGGGAUAUAGUUCCUGUGGAUGCAUCUUACGAGGUGAAAGAGCUCUACGUUCAGGAGAACAAACUGGACCUUGCGAAGGCUGAUGCAGAGAUCCUGCCUGCAGUGCAGAUUGGAAAGGUGGACAUGCAGUGGGUGCAGGUGCUGGCUGAAGGCUGGGCCACUCCUCUGAACGGCUUUAUGAGGGAGAGAGAGUUUUUGCAGAGUCUUCAUUUUAACUGUCUCCUGGAUGGUGGUGUCAUCAACCUGUCAGUCCCUGUGGUGCUGCCGGUGUCUUCUGCAGAUAAAGAACGUAUGGAUGGUGUGACAGCCAUAGCUCUGGUCUACGAGGGCAGGCGAGUGGCCAUCCUCCGCAACCCUGAGUUUUAUGAACACCGCAAAGAAGAGCGAUGUGCUCGCCAGUGGGGCACUACCUGCAAGGACCACCCGUACAUCAAGAUGGUGAUGGAAAGUGGGGACUGGCUGGUGGGGGGAGACCUGCAGGUUCUGGACAGGAUCCGCUGGAACGAUGGACUCGAUCAGUACCGACUGACACCCACCGAGCUCAAGCAGAAGUUUAAAGAGAUGAAUGCAGAUGCUGUAUUCGCCUUCCAGCUUCGUAACCCAGUCCACAAUGGCCAUGCUCUUCUGAUGCAGGACACCCACAAGCGCCUCAUUGAGCGGGGUUACCGCCGGCCCGUUCUACUGCUCCACCCACUGGGAGGCUGGACCAAGGACGACGACGUCCCGUUGCCCUGGCGAAUGAAGCAGCAUGCUGCCGUCCUGGAGGAGGGCGUCCUGAAUCCAGAGACAACUAUCGUAGCCAUCUUUCCUUCACCCAUGAUGUACGCUGGGCCAACUGAGGUUCAGUGGCAUUGCAGAUCUCGAAUGGUUGCCGGAGCCAACUUCUACAUCGUGGGUCGUGACCCCGCAGGCAUGCCCCACCCUGACACUCCGGGAAAGGACCUGUACGAGCCCACUCAUGGUGCCAAGGUGCUAACCAUGGCUCCUGGCCUCAUCACCCUGGAGAUCGUUCCCUUCAAGGUCGCUGCUUACAACAAGAUCAAACGAGCUAUGGACUUCUAUGAUCCUAAAAACCAUCAAGACUAUGAUUUCAUCUCCGGCACGCGUAUGCGCAGGAUGGCUCGCGAGGGGGAUAAUCCACCCGAUGGCUUCAUGGCACCUAAAGCUUGGUCUGUGUUGAAAGAAUACUACAAAUCACUGGAGAUAGCCUAGAGGUUGAGUGUCAGAUGCUGCAAAUGAACAAACAAAAUAAAAACAUGGAGACGUGUUGGUUUUACUGAUAGUUGAAAAGGCGAAUGUGGGGACCACUUAUGUAUCAUGAAAAACCACGCUACGGCUUGUGUCUGCCUUACUUUUACAAUUUACGGUUGGUCAUAAAGCUGGUUAUUUUUAGUCUUAUUAUGUUUGUGUUUUAACUCAUUUGACUAAAUUUACUGUAAAAAGAGGAGAGGUCUGAGGAGAGAGAACGAACAAAUUUAAUAAAAAGAGAUGUUUGUGUUUCUCACAAACUGUAAUACUGUAUACUGGUGACUGGUUAAAAAAGAUACUGUUAAAAAAAAAAGGAUCACAGCUCUAUGGAAAGUACUGUUGACCAGUGCUCGAGGACGCCAGAUUGAAUGUUGAAUAUGAGUGAUGUCCAAAUUUAAAAAGCCCCUGCACCUGCUGGAGUUGAUUUAACUCACCGCGGAAACACAAACAAGCUGCUUUUGUACGCUUGUGUUUGCAAGUGGCAGUGGUAAUUGCUCAAAAUUUGGUGUACACAAGUAUUUGACGUAAAAAGCUGAGUGCCUUGGUCUUUAGAAAGUGAAUUCACAUGAUGUCUUGUUUGAAUUAGGAAACACAGACACACAGACCUGCUUCUCGUCCCUCUAGUCGUACUGUUACACCAGAACGGUCCAGUAGUUCAAGUAACUGUCUGCAAAGAAAAGAUCAGCAUUAAACAUGUUUUUACUUGGAUGUGCAUCUCUCACCUUCAAGAAAAACCUUUUAACAUUUCAUUUUUGUCAUUUUGAGUCUAUUUAUUCUGUCCUAACAUUGCAAUAUUGACUCUUUUUUAACAGUGUUGUGAAAAUAGUUCUAAAGCUUUAAGGUUGUCGUCUCUCAGCAGUCUUGAUAUUUUGUUAAUGUUUCAUCGUUUGUAUUUUUUUUCCCCUCAUGGGUUGCUAAUAUUUUCCAUGUGGUAAUUCAUUUUUAAGAGAGGGUCUGUAUAAUCAGAGGGUUGAUGGUUACCAUCAAGGGAUCAGAUUUGUAAUCUUCCUUGUCCAAUAAACCAUUUCUAGCAAAAGAA